AUGGGUGCUCUUGAGCUGGCCGGUCCAGACCAAGUAUCGCAACGGACUCUUUCAUGGCGCAAGUUUGGUACCAUUUUCGCAUGUGGUAUGGCACUGUUCAUGGACGGCUAUGCCAAUUAUUCUAUUGGCAUUGUGUCCAAGCUCCUAACGGGCCUGUAUCCUGAUGUGAUGCCCAAAAAUGGAACAACUCAGCAGACACUCACUGCCAUUGCCUUUGCGGGCACGGUUUUGGGUAUGCUCCUUUUUGGAUACUACUCCGAUGCCAUUGGCCGCAAGUCAGGCAUGAUUGUAUCGACGCUUAUCAUCAUGGUCUUCACUGCGCUCUCAGCGGGUUCAUACUAUAAGGGCUCGUCGAAGGGAAUGAUCCAGAUGCUGACGGCAUGGCGUUUCUUCACGGGUAUUGGUAUUGGUGCCGAGUACCCGACGGGAUCCGUGGCAGCUGCAGAGCAGACGGAGGAGCUGCCCGGCUUCUUCCAGCAUGGUCCAUUUGUCCUCGCCACAAAUUUCCAGCUGGUCCUGGGUGGCGUCGCUGCGAAUUUCGUACCCCUCAUUCUUACGUGGAUCGUGUUUGACCAGUAUGGCGCGAAGGGCAACAACCAGCUGAUCUGGCGCCUCACCAUGGGUCUCGGCAUAGUUCCUUGUCUCUUUGUCUUGCCCUUCCGCCUGAUAAUAAACCAACCAAAAAUGUAUACACAGAACAAGAUCCCUGCGGCUAAGAUUCCCUAUAUCCUUGUGCUGAAGAAGUACUGGGCCCGCUUGCUGUGUAUCUCGAUUGUGUGGUUCAUUUACGACUUUGUUGCAUACCCUUUUGGCCUCUAUACGUCGUACAUCACCUCGCAGAUCCUCGGCUCGAACAAAUCCCAGGAAGACUCUCUGGGCUGGAGCAUGCUCAUCUACUGCUUCAACAUCCCCGGUGCCUUGCUCGGCGCUUUCCUGGUGGACCUGAUUGGGCCCAAGAAGAGCUUAUGCGUGGGUCUGGCGCUGCAGAUUAUCGUCGGCUAUAUCAUGUCCGGCCUGUUUGCGCACCUCUCUCAGCACAUCGCGGCAUUCUGCGUGGUAUAUGGCAUCUUCCUCUCUCUUGGACAACUUGGCGCAGGCACCAACAUGGGUCUUCUCGCAUCGAAGCUGUGCGCCACUGCCGUCAAGGGACAAUUUUAUGGCACGGCUGCAGCCAUCGGUAAGGUUGGCGCCUUUAGUGGCACAUAUGCCUUCCAGAGCUUGCAGAACUACUGGUAUAAUCCAGACUCUAAGAAGGCCACCGACAAUCUAUAUUAUACGGCUCCUUUCUAUCUGGCCUCGUCCCUCGCGUGCGUGUCACUCGUCCUCUCCUUCUUCUUCAUUCCAGAGCGGUACGCUGACUGCCAAAGGGACGAGGACGCCUCUUUCCAGCAAUUCCUGGCCGACCAUGGUUUCGACAUGCGGCACGUUGGCGAGCCGGCCAUGCCAGACCCCAUGGAGCCCAGUAACCCUGGGGAACGUGCCUCCCCUGAAUCCUGCGAGAAACCCCCCAUUCCCGAUGCGGGCAUGAUCGAGAAGUCACCCAUGUAUGGACAGCAGAGGUUCUCCAUCAGCAAGUUAGGCACAAUUUUCGCGUGCGGCGCAGCCCUCUUCAUGGAUGGCUACGUGAACAACUCUAUCGGUACUGUGAACACUCUCCUUAAGGGCCUCUACCGUGAUGUAAUGGACAAAACUACUAGCGAGACUCUCACUGCUAUCGCAUUUGCUGGCACCGUUUUGGGUAUGCUCGUGUUUGGCUACUACUCGGAUGCUGUGGGCCGCAAGUCAGGUAUGAUUGUCUCGACAAUUAUCAUCCUGGUCUUCACGGCACUGUCGGCGGGCGCGUAUUACAAGGGAUCAUCAAAGGGCAUGGUCCAGAUGCUGACGGCAUGGCGUUUCUUCACGGGUAUUGGUAUUGGUGCCGAGUACCCGACGGGAUCAGUGGCAGCUGCGGAACAGUCGGAAGAAAUGCCCGGCUACUUCCAGCAUGGUCCCUUUAUCUUUGCGACCAACUUUAUGAUCGAUCUUGGCUUUUUGAUUGCUUCAUUUGUGCCUCUGGUGCUGACAUGGAUUGUAUUCGAUGAGUAUGGCGCCAAAGGUAACAAUCAACUGAUUUGGCGCCUGACAAUGGGUCUCGGCGUGGUUCCUUGUCUGCUUGUGCUGCCAUUCCGGUUCUUGAUCAAGCAGCCCAAGCUUUAUACCAAAAACAUGAUCCCUGCCGCCAGGAUUCCUUACGGACUCGUGCUGAAGAAAUACUGGUUCCGCCUGCUGACUAUCUCGAUUGUUUGGUUCAUCUACGAUUUUAUUACAUACCCGUUCGGACUGUACUCGUCUCUCAUUACCGACCACUUUACAGGCAAUGAUGCUUCUCAGGAAGUCUCACUCGGCUGGUCGGUUGUCAUUACUUGCUUCUAUAUUCCUGGCUCGUUCUUGGGUGCUAUGCUUGUCGACACGAUCGGCCCCAAGAAGUGUCUCUGUUUGGGUCUUACGCUUCAAAUCAUCGUCGGCUUUAUUCUCACGGGUCUGUUCGAUAAGAUCUCGAGCCAUAUUGCUGCAUUUUGUGUUGUGUACGGUCUUUUCUUGAGCUUUGGCGAGUUUGGUCCAGGAAACAAUCUUGGUUUGCUCGCCUCCAAGUCGUGCGCCACCGCUGUCAAGGGUCAAUUUUACGGUAUUGCGGCCGCUAUCGGCAAAAUCGGUGCCUUUUCCGGCUCUUAUGCUAUCCAGUCCUUGCAACAAUACUGGGAGGAUGCAGACGGAAAUAAUACGGACAAUCUUUAUUACACGGCGCCUUUCUACCUCGGCUCUUCGCUCGCGUGCGUCUCUCUGGUACUCUCUCUGUUCUUUAUCCGUGAGCGCCCCGCCGAUGUCCAGGCCCAAGAAGAUGAGGAUUUCCGCCAGUUCCUCAUUAGUGAGGGCUUCGACAUUGGAGUCAUGGGUAAGGAUGACGAGGUGCUGGCCGACGAAAAAGACGGAGUGUAUUCUCCCUAUACGCCCGAUCCUAUGGUCGCCCCUCACGCCCCGACCACUGAUGCGCUCCCUGUACUGUAA